AUGCCUCGUGGCCUGGGCGGCAGCGGCGGUGGCGCCAGCGGCGGUAGCGGGAUCGGCGGCGGGGGAGCCCGGGGGUACGAGAGGCGGCGGUGUGUGAGCGACUGUCUGAAGAGGCACCAAGACCAGGCCCUGAGCAGCCAUAUGUACCUGCUGCGGGAGACUGGCCCCACCGGCUUCCUGCUGAGCGAGGAGGAUCCCAACGGCUGCAACUAUCGAGUUUUCCUUGGAGAUCCUCACACAUGUAGCUGUUCCACAUUUCUGAAAGGAAAUGAUCUUUGUAAGCAUAUCUGUUGGAUAUUAUUGAAAAAAUUCAAGCUUCCUAGAAAUCAUGAAUAUGCUUUUCAGUUGGGCCUUGUGGAACGAGAAAUCAAUGAAUUACUACAGGGAUUACAUCGAGUCCAGACUCCAGCUCCAACUGAGAGACCACAUAUUGAAAAAGAUGGAUACCUCAAACAAAAAGAAAUUUGCCCAGAUGAUGUCUGCUCCAUAUGUCAAGAAGAGCUUCUAGAAAAAAAGCUACCAGUAACCUACUGCAGGUAUGGUUGUGGUAAUAGUGUUCAUAUAAAAUGUAUGAAAAUCUGGGCUGAUCAUCAGGAUAAGUCAUCAAAAAAUUCUGUUGUCAAGUGCCCUCUGUGCAGGGAAGAGUUUGCACCCUUAAAACUUAUUUUAGAUGAAUUCAGAAACUCCAACAGACUUGUGACAGCAGCAGAGAAAGAAAGGCUUGACAAACACCUUGGAAUUCCAUGUAACAACUGCAGACAGUUUCCAAUUGAGGGAACAUGUUACAAGUGCACUGAAUGUACUGAAUAUCACCUAUGCCAUGAAUGUUUUGCUAAUUGUUGCCAUCCUCUACAUAUUUUUACCUUUCGACAGAAGAGAAAUCAAAGGUGGAAAUCACUAGAAAAAAAUCCAGGGUUAUGUCCUUCAGGGAGAAUUAUAAAAAAUAUAGAACUUACAAAUCAGACUGAAGAAGAUAUGACCCACCUUGAGAAAAGUAUCAUUUGCACACCAAAGCAUGUAGUAACAUCACUUCCUCUCAUAUUAAUUACAAAGAACAGUAAGCUGCUUGCUCCAGGAAACCAGUGUCGACUUUGUUUGAAGGCAUUUUGUCUUGGUCAGCAUACAAGACUAUUAUCAUGUAAUCACAAGUUUCAUAGGGAAUGUAUUGACGAUUGGUUACUAAACAUAUGUAAUUCAUGCCCUAUUGAUGGCCAAAUUGUCUAUAACCCUUUAAUCUGGAAAAAUUCACUGAUUAAUGGACACAUACAAAAGCAAGUACCACAUACAGCUGCCACUCAUCUGUCAAAACAGGUGUAUCCAGAACUUUUUAUACCUGGAACUGGAUUGCUUUUUAAAGAAGGAAAAUUUGACCAGUUAUCUGAAAAAUCUAAAGAUAAUUUCAAAAGACUCAAUAAUCAUCAAGAUUCAACAGAUUUGAAUGAGAAUUUAACAGUAGAUAGUCUGCACCCUUUGCAAUCAAGUGAUCCAGAUUCAAGUAAAUUAAUCUUUGAUUAUAAAAUAAAUGACCAUUUCCCUAGCUAUCUUCAGGAUUCAUCCCUUAGCGCUGCAGGGAAAAUGUCAUCCCAAGUUUUUCUUCCUUCUGUUACCAAGACUGGAAUUUAUGCUAAACCUGGAAGCCCAUUUGUCAACAGAAAGUUGUAUCACCCUGAACAAAAGCCAAAGGGGAACAGAGAGUCUCAGUGCAUGGACGAUCUUACGCUGAAGAAGAUUCUUGCCACUAAAAUAAGAAUUGACAAUGAAAGUUCAGAUAUUACAUUUCCAGGGGUUUUUCAUCAUAUGGCAAACUGGGGUACAACUAACCCUAGCUCAUCCAAAAGGGAGAAUAAUAUUAUAGGAAAAAUCAGACGAAACCAUGGUCUCCUGUCAAAAAGGCCUAUAUCAAAUACUUUAAAUACUGAAGCUCAAGAGUUGUCUUUAAUAAUGGAAGGAGUUCCUCUCUCCAAAAGCUAA